UCGGACGCGCGCGCGAGGAUGCCCUGCAGGGGAGGAAAGGUGGUCCUCGGGCGGGCCGGCGGCGUGGAAGCUCGGGCAGCCCCGCCUCGCGGGGAGAUGCGCGCCCCGCGCCCCCACCCCUCUCUACUCGGCUGCGGAGGGCCCCGCCCCGACCUGCGCUGCGGCUGACCUCGCGCCCGCGUGCGUGGAGGACGCUCGCAGUUGCCGCGCGCCCACCUCGCGUCCCCACGUCGGCACCGGCCCGCGGCGGCAGCUAGGUCCUCCGAGAGCGGCGACCGCACGACCGAGGCCCGGGGCACCCGCGGGCCGGCGCCGCACCCCAGCCCCCGGCCGCCGCGGCACAAUGGCCCCGAAGGCUGCGGAGACCUGGCCUGCGCGGGGGCGCCGGAGCGCCACAAGCCCCGCCUCCAGGCCGGCGCCCUGACAACGCGAGCGGCCCGGCCGCGCCGCCCGCUCCCCGCCCUCCGGCGGCCGGCACCCGGCGGGGAGGGCCAGAGCGUUGCAGCCGCCGCCGCUCCAGCAGCCGCUGCUCCGCACCGCCGGUCCGGGGCGGGGGCCAGGGCCCUGCUGCCGCCGCCGCCGCCUCCCGCCAUGCGCCAGGGCGGCCCGGGGGACUCGGCCCCCCGCGAGCCCGCCCUCGGAACCCCGGCGCUCCCCAACCCCUUCGUGCACGAGUUACAUCUCUCCCGCCUCCAGCGGGUGAAGUUCUGCUUCCUGGGGAUACUGCUGGCCCCCAUCCGAGUGCUUCUGGCCUUUGUCAUCCUCUUUCUCCUCUGGCCCUUUGCCUGGCUACAAGUCGCAGGUCUUACUGAGGAGCAACUUCAGGAACCAAUUACAGGAUGGAGGAAGACUGUGUGCCACAAUGGGGUGCUGAGCCUGAGCCGCCUGCUCUUUUUCCUGCUGGGCUUCCUCCGGAUCCGUGUUCGUGGCCAGCGGGCCUCUCGCCUUCAGGCUCCUGUCCUCGUUGCUGCCCCCCACUCUACUUUCUUCGACCCCAUUGUUCUGCUGCCCUGUGACCUUCCCAAGGUUGUCUCCCGAGCCGAGAACCUUUCUGUGCCCGUCAUUGGAGCCCUUCUUCGAUUCAACCAAGCCAUCUUGGUGUCCCGGCAUGACCCAGCUUCCCGUCGAAGAGUGGUGGAGGAGGUCCGGAGGAGGGCCACCUCGGGAGGCAAGUGGCCCCAGGUACUAUUCUUUCCCGAAGGCACCUGUUCUAACAAGAAGGCUCUGCUUAAAUUCAAACCAGGAGCCUUCAUUGCAGGGGUGCCUGUGCAGCCUGUCCUCAUCCGCUACCCCAAUAGUCUGGAUACCACCAGCUGGGCAUGGAGGGGCCCUGGAGUGCUCAAAGUGCUGUGGCUCACAGCUUCUCAGCCCUGCAGCAUUGUGGAUGUGGAGUUCCUCCCCGUGUAUCAGCCUAGCCCUGAGGAGAGCAGAGACCCCACCCUGUAUGCCAACAAUGUCCAGCGGGUCAUGGCACAGGCCCUGGGCAUUCCAGCCACUGAGUGUGAGUUUGUGGGCAGCUUGCCUGUCAUUGUGGUUGGCCGGCUGAAGGUAGCUUUGGAGCCACAGCUCUGGGAGCUAGGAAAGGUGCUUCAGAAGGCAGGCUUGUCACCUGGCUGUGUGGAUGCUGAGGCAGAGCCAGGCCGGAGUCGAAUGAUCAGCCAGGAGGAGUUUGCCAGGCAGCUACAGCUCUUGGAUCCUCAGACGGUGGCUGGUGCCUUCAGCUACUUCCAGCAGGAUGCCAGCGGUUUGGUGGACUUCCGAGAUGUGGCACUCGCGCUAGCAGCUUUGGAUGGAGGCAGGAGCCUGGAGGAUCUGACUCGCCUGGCCUUUGAGCUCUUUGCUGAAGAGCAGACAGAGGGACCUGGCCGGCUGUUGUACGAAGAUGGCUUCAGCACCAUCCUGCACCUGCUGCUGGGCUCGCCCCGCCCUGCUGCCACAACUCUGCAUGCUGAGCUGUGCCAGGCAGGAGCCAGCCAUGGCCUCUCCCUCUGUCAGUUCCAGAACUUCUCCCUCCACGACCCGCUCUAUGGGAAGCUCUUCAGCACCUACCUGCACCCCCCACACACCGCUCGAGGCACCUGCCCCGUGCCAGGUGCCUCCCCACGCAGCCCCCCUGCUCUGGCCAACGGGACUGUGCAGGCACCCAAGCAGAAGGGCGACUGAGCACCUCAGCCUCCUGCUCCUUCCACCUCAGCUCGAAUCCAGCCCCACAACUCAGGGCAGCGCCGGGAGCCCACCCUAGGCCUCAACCCCAUUUUUGCUCUUGUUUGUUUUUGUUGUCAUUAUUUGUUUUUUUAAGUUGAUUUGUUUGUUUGGGUUUUUUUUUGUAAGAAACUAUUUUAUAUAUAAAUAUAAAUCUAUAUCUGUAUUAAAAAAAAAAUGAAGCGCA